CCAAACAAGAGUCUCGAGCGCUCGUGGGCGGACGAGCGCUGCCUUUACUCGCACUUAAUUCCGUGUUUCUGUGAGUGAUUUGCUGUGUAGCGGCGCCCCACGCAGCCAGAGUGGCGGUGAAGUUGUUCCCCGAGGAUGACGAUGUUUCCUAGAGUAGGGGAGAAGCGGAGGAUCGACGACAUCGGCUUGGAGGACGAGGAAGCCAUCGGGGGCCUGUGCAGACUGAGCGGACGACCCGUAUCUCCCAAGACGGCGAUGGAGCAGGAGAAACGCAUCCGGCGGGAGAUCGCCAACAGCAAUGAGCGGCGGCGCAUGCAGAGCAUCAACGCGGGCUUCGCCUCCCUCAAGACGCUGCUGCCCCAUCACGAGGGGGAGAAGCUGAGCAAGGCGGCGAUCCUCCAGCAGACGGCCGAGUAUAUCUAUCAGCUGGAGCAGGAGAAGACUCGCCUGCUGUCCCAGAACUGCCAGCUGAAGCGGCUCCUCAACCACCAGCAGCACCAUGCGGACGCCGAGGGAAGCCCAGCAGGAGGCGAGAGCCCAUGCGAUGAUGGUAGUACCGGCGGUGAGGUAGUAGUGAGCACGCAGGUGGAUGGAGGAGGAGGAGCUGAGGAACUGCGGCGGGAGAUGAUUGACCUGAGAAUGCAGCUGGACCGGGAGCGUCGCCACCGUCUGUCCCUCGAGGAGCACAUUCGCACCCUCGAGGCUCCUAGUGGUGGCUUCCCCGAGCGUGUGAAGGAAGUGUCCUCCCACCCCACCUCUAAGGCGGACCUGCGGGAACCCAAGGUGGAGACUACACCAGUGCCAGUGACUGUGCCUCCAGGCCAGGUAACAAGCGUGGUGGAAGUGACCACCACCCCACGGACUCCUGUCAGCACCACCAGCAUUAAGAGUGAGCCACUCAGCCCCGCCACCAAUAACCAGCUUCACCCUACAACACCAGCACACACUGCUGCCAUUGCCCCUCCCACCACCACCACCCCUUCAGUGGCCCCACAGGUUGUAUCAACCACCACCACAACUACCACAGUCAUAGGCCAGUCACCACACCGACACCAGACGGCAACCGUCCUUAACCGGCAGCCCCUGAACCCCAACGGACACAACAACCAGAUCCUCCCUGUGGUGUCUGCCAGCCCUGCCACCACCAUUGUCACUGUCGUCCCCUCAGCCAAGGGUGGUGUGGAUGCACUCCCUUCAGUAUUUGAGGCCCUGACAGCCUCUGGAAGGUUUGGGGCCAAGGUGGAGGUGGAGCCGGCUCCUCGUGUUCCUUCCCCGGAGACCACCAUUGAGUAUGUGGACGAUAGCAAAAACCACACUGUUUACAUUGUGAAUUCAACCAAUGCGGCAUGCCAGAAAUCACUAGACACCAUCUGUGAGGCCAUCAGACAUCUGGAGGGUGACCACAUGUUCCAAACAGAGGAUCAACACCCACGCAUAGAGGAGGAGAUCAUCACUGAUGAGACACUCACCAUUGAGGACCAUGUGGGGGAGCAGGUCACCUUGGCAGAGGAGGAGCCCAUCACCCUCCACAUGGUGGGGGAGCCUCAGGAGGUUCCGCUGGAGCUCACCACCACCCAUCGCCCCAACAACACUCCGCAUUCCCGGUUGGCACCCCAACAAGCAGCCACCAUCAGCUUGAACGCCAACACUGGGGGACGGUUGGUAUCUCACCCUGGUACUCGGCUACCCCAGGCGUCAGCAACCCUUGAGGCUGUGCCUGUGUGCAGCAUCUCCACCACCACCUCUUCCCCCUCCUCCACAUUACUACAACCCUCAAGACCAGGAGUAAUUGUAGUGAAGCACCCCUAAAGUUCUUCUGACCUUCUGGGCAGGUCGACUGUGUUAAUACGUUAAGGAGAGUAAGCUAAGCUACCUUUGACCAGUGGUGUUUUUCUACCCACAGCUGUGGGUGGCAGAACGUUCUUGUCUGGCCGAGUUUGUUAAGAACAGAGCCCGUUGCCACCACUCCUGCAAUGCCACCAGUGCAAGGUCGGAGGGGAGAAAAACCCAUAUUGUAAAGCUUGUACAUAGUGUCUUCGGUGUAUAAAGUAUAGACUGUUAAGAGAACCAGGAGAUGUGACAGCUCACUCUGUGCAUAUCGUGAGUGGCUGGCACCAUCGUUCCAGGUGUCACUGUCAGCUUGGUUGCUACUCUGCUUGGAGGAAAACUUAUCGCCACAUUUUAUAUGUAGUCUCUGGGCAGGGCUUUGGUUUCACUGGUCCCACAGGCAGCAUGAUGGCAUGGGAGACUCAGGCAUUCAGCUCUCACGCUUCUAUUUUUUUUUUCUUUUAUUUGGAAGGAACUAACAAAUGUUUUUUUAUGUGUAAUAUGGAAAUAUUAUUUAAGCUGAAUUUUGUUGAUAUGUAAUUGUUUAGCACAAAGACUGGUACUCUGAAGGUGGGAGUUAAAGAUAAAGUAAAAGAUCAGUAUGUAUAACAUUAUCUGGUCAUAAAAGCUUCAAUUUUCAAAAGUAAACUAACACAAGUUUAUAAAAAGUUUCAUAUUUCUAAUAUGAAGUCUGUAACAAGUCUUACAAGAUAUGAGAUGUUCCAAAUUCAUCAAACUGAUGCUAAUUGCAAGUUAAAAGCAUUUCUUAAAAUGAUGGGAGAAGCAGCAACAGUUGUCUGCAUGGGAGGACCAACUAUAGGUCAGCAGGGUUAGGAGGUAAUGUAAAGGAAAUCUUGCCUGUGGAAUCCCAACCUACACCUGCUAACAACAAACCAACAUCAGAAAGUUUAAUUUAUUUUUUAAUUAUUUGAACAAAUACAUAAGUUGCUCAUUACACUUGUGCAUUAUGUAUUAGAAUUUAGAUGUAAAAUAUAAAUUUUGCACAAAAAAAUUGGUGCUCAAAUCAAAGCCCUCCAUGCAGGAACUGUCCAUUUAGGGUAUUGAUUUGCAAGUUGUUUACCAGGCAGAAGACAAGGAGCACUGCUCACAAGGUGUACAUGUGUGUAUGUAUGUAUGCAUAUUGCCCGUGGGUGUGUAGCUUGUAUGUGUAUGUGCACAUAAUAAGUUGUAUAUAGUGAGGAAUGAGUGCUGUGAGCCCAGUGGUGCAGCACACAGGGUGACUUGAGUGGACCCUGCACCCAGUGCUCACACAAUCAUUGGCACCAUUAUUUAUCAUAUAUAAAAAUUCAUGCAUUAAGAAAUUUAUUAUCGUCUUGAAAGGAGUUGCAACCAAAAUUUCAGUUCUCCAAAGAAUGUGCGAUUGUUUUGUGAUGGGAGUGGAUUAUUUUCCAAUUCAUCACAACUUAAGUUAAACAGUAUAAGCAUUCUGUAAGAUACAGGAAAUUAUAUAUAUUUAAAUAAUUUUCUUUUCUCAGAAAAAGUAAUGGACAUUAUUAGGUGUUACUUAAUAGCAAUGUCACGGUGAUUAAUACACUGUGAUACCAGUGUAACUGACUAUUAUAGAUUCCUGUUGAAAAUAAUUAAGAAUUGUGUACCUUCAACAGUGUAAACUUUGUUGUAGUUCUUUACUUGGUGUGCUCCUGCUGGCAGCCUGUGCAUGCCAGAAGGUGCUGUGCUUGAAAACGGGGAAAUAGUAAAUUGGUUGACAUGACCUCCAUACAUACUCUUAUGCUCUUCAUUCUUUUUUAUUAUGUUAUGGUGAUUGUGUGUAUGGUAUGGCAGCUUGUGGUGUGUGUGAUGGCACCUAAAAAAAGGAGGAUCCUGUGAAGUGCUCCUGAGGUACCAUCAAUACUUCUAGAUAACAUGAGACUGGUAGCUUUAUUUUGAAUCUGACAUUAAGGACUUAGUUAAGUGCUGUGUAGAAUUGCAGUGCAAGAUACUUGAGGGUUAUAAAAUAUACCACAUGUACGUAUCAAAAAUGUCUUGUGAGGGGCGGGGGUACAAAAGAUGCGGAACAGAAAGCCUAAAUUCUUAUAGUGUGAAGUAAAACAGGGCACUCAUCCCCUUUCCCUACCAUGUGUGUAUGCCUUUAGGGGCAGGGUUUAUAUGUAAUGAUGUUUUCUUUCUUAGCCUUUCAGUCUUGGCGAGAUUCCAACUGGAAGGCUUUCAGCAUUUGCUCAAGUAGGGUACUUUUUGGACCAGCUCUGUUUUGGUUAAGGGGAUAGCUGUGCUGUCUGGUGAGGGAGAUCGUUUAUAGUGAGGACGUAGUGGGGGAAAUAGUCUUUAUUCUGCCGAGAAAUACACAUAGUUAGGAAUCAGUCGUCUCAUGCUUGAACUCUUGCCAAAUUCUAAUCAUGUUCAUAACUUUUACCUCUUGUUCUGGAAGGAAAACUGCUCACCUCACACUCCAUAUAAUACUGAGGCAGGCAGCUGAUCAUGCAGGCAUGAGCAGGGAGGUUGUGCUCUAAUGUGAACACUGUAAAGGUCAUCCAGUUCAGCAACAGUAAUGUCACAGGUUAUGCUGCUAAUUAUGUUUUUACAUAUGGGUCUGAAGCACAUGUUUUUUAACCACUUAAUAAAACAACCUCAUGCUCUUACUGUUGUCAGCUGUCUGGUGUGGCUUUCAUAUUUCUUAUUCUCAUUGAAAGGUUUGUAAUUAACUGUUUGUUACAGUUUCACUGUGAACCUAAUUACUUAAAUGCAGAUUCAUGUGUGUAAGUAUUAUUGGUGUACUGAGAUAUGGGAUGUUAAAAGUUAACACUGAAAUUAGGCUUUAUGAGUGCAGUGAGUGAGGGCCAAGAUUGUUUUCCAUUGUUAGCAUUGAUAGGACUGACUCAUGUGCACGUGAGAGUAUUUGAGCCAGUGAGACCCGUGAGAAAGAAUCCCUGGAGCUGGUACAGAUCUUAUUGGGUGUGUAUAUUAGGAUCUUGUUGAAGUGUUAAGUUGGCAGUGAUCUCAGUUGAAGCCAAUAUAAUCUAUUGUUAUGGCAUCUUUUUAAAAAUUGAAAUAGCCAUUAUUAGUUUUGCAGUAGUUGUUUUCAGUUAGGUAAAGCAGGGCUUUUACAUGUGCCAAUUGAAUCUCAGAUUAGAGAUAAUUAUUGUAAUUUUCCAGAGAUGAUGUGGUUGGUCACUGCCAACUUUAACCAUUCUAUGGCAAUUAGGAAAUUUGCACCAGAGUGCAAGAUGUUUGAAAGUACAAAUAUUUAUUACAAGCCUCGAGUUUUGACAUACUGCAUUCCUGUUGGGCAUCAACAUUUUCUCCUGGAAAGCUGAAAACUGCCAGUAAAUUAUAAGGAAUUCAAUAAUUUCUUGACAUCAAAUAACAGUUUUGAAUCUAAGUUGUGGGGAGGAUGCAGAGGCCCAUUGGAAUGAUACACUGAAGGUCCUAUACUCUCACUGUCAUGUGCAGGAUGAUGUGUGUACCCAAGGUGUUGUGCCACACUGCACACCAGUGUCACUGAAUGUUUCUAGUGCUAGGGUUUUCUUACAUUUCUGGGUCUGCUGGCACACUGUUUUCUGCACGGCUGCCUGGCACAAUUAUUAUCCAUUUACAGAUAUGCAUAAGUUUUAUACACGGAAGUAUUUUCUCAAAUCUAUUCACACAGAUACCUCCCCCACUGCCAUUUCAGAAAUAGUGUAGUAGUUUUGCGAAAGCCUUUCAAUGUUUCUUUGGACUUGAAUUUUAUUUUUUCAAAAAGAUACAAGUUCAGAUGGGAAAAAAAUAUUGGUUUAACUAAAUCCAAGGAUAAUAAUAAGACUGCCUGGUAGACACAGUGCAGUCUGUGCCUCAGCAAGCACAGGACAGUGGGAAAACAUUGCUGCACUGGGAAUUGUUUGUAGCACACCAUUUGGUCGUGUGUUGUGGCCAUGGGAAGCCACACUUUUUAAACUUAACAAUUUUAUGGUCAUUGCAGCAGCCAGACCCACCUUUGACACCUUAGGGUGCCUCUUGCUGUUGUGGAUCUGGUCAGGCUGCUCCAAUGACAACUUCAAAAAGCUUAAUUAUUUGCCACCAUGUACAUCUGCAGGCUGACUUCUUAAAACCAAAGAUUUGUACUUUCUGUUAUCCUGUCAGUUUUGUAAUGUCGGUAAUUGUACAUUCGUUUUAAGUUUUGAACCUCGCAAAAACUUCACACCUUUACAUUUUCCAGCAGGUGUCUGCUUUCAGUUUUUUACUUUUAUUUCCUUAUAAAUAUAUAACUGGAGAUCAAUAUGAAAAAUCUCUCCUCUCUUGUUUAUAUAGAAUAUGAAAAAAUCUCAUCUUCA